CCGAGUUUCAUUAUCGGCACGAUGCCGGACUUGGACAAGCCGGGAGCCCACUGCGCCACCGAAACGGCUUCGUUCGUGUGCGAGGAGCACGCAACCAUCGAGGAUGGCGUCCUUGUGCUUCCAACCGGAGCGUACAAGGGCUGCACGAUUCUGCAAACCGUUACUCUGCCGACAACACUCGAGCAAAUCGGUGCCUCUGCAUUCAGCGGCUGCACCUCUCUUGCAGCGGUCAACCUGAAAGAAGCGUCUUCGUUGCAGUCGAUCGGCUCGCACGCCUUCAGCAAGACUUUGCUCGAGCAUGUCGCUCUCCCGCCGUCGCUCAAGACGCUCGGUGCUUACGCGUUUGAUGAGGUGAGGACACUCGAGCGGGCAGAGCUCUCGGAGUCGUCGCUGCAGGUGAUCGAGGCAGGGACCUUCUGGGGCUGCGGCUCUCUGCUUGGCGUCUCUCUGCCGCCGACACUUCAAAAGAUUGACACCGCCUCAUUCUAUGAUUGUUCCGCACUCGCUGAGUUGGAGCUGCCGGCCGGCGUGCAUCACAUCGGCGAGCAUGCGUUCCGUGGGUGCUCCUCGCUGGGCGAGUUGGCGCUGCCCGCUGCUCUCGUCUUUCUCGGCUUCAACGCAUUUCGAGGGUCCAGCGCGAAGUACGAAGUCCGCCGCGGCGUGAAGAGGGGCGAGACCGACGACGACUAACUUUCUUCGGCCCUUCGGGGGCAGCGGCACGUCGAUCUUCGUCGGUCCUCCAGCGGGCUGCGCGCCGGCGAGCUGCGCCGCGCUCCUGCCUCCUGGGGCGUGGGGGGCCGCCCGGGCCGCCUCUUGAGGGUUUUCUGUGAACUGUGUGGGUGUGCGGUUGGUAUGACCAUAACAACCCCGGUGCCGGGGUGCGGCCGGUGCCAGUGGGGGUGGGUGGGGGUUAAUGGGUGGGGUAUGCACGGGGCUUUUAGGCGUCUAAUACGCCAGAGGUCGCCCCUGCCAUCUAGAUGC